AUGACACCUCCAAGGCAUGGAGCACUUCUAAAACUUUAUGUGUCAGCUUCUGAAGUAACAAUUGGUGGAAUUCUGGCUCAAGAAGAUGAGAAUGGCAACGAAAGAUUUGACGGUUCAUGCCAUAAGGGUGGUGUUGGUAUAGGAAUUUUAAUUAUUUCUCCAAGCGGUGAGCCGAGUAAAUUCCUCUUUGAAUUGAAUUAUUCAUGUUCCAACAAUGAGGCAGAGUAUAAGGCGUUAAUAAUGGGACUGGAAUUAUUAUUAGAGAGAGGAGUUAAAAAUAUUGAAAUUUUUGGAGAUUCACAACUUAUAGUUCAUCAAGUAUCACUUGAGUAUAUGUGUGUUAGUGAAAAUUUAAGAAAGUAUUUCAAUGUGGCUACAAAGUUGUUGAGCAAGUUUGACAAUGUCAUUUUAAGGCAUGUUCCAAGGGAGUUAAAUCAAGAAGCAAAUGAAUUAGCUCAAAUUGCUUCAAGUUAUAAGAUUAAGCCCUCAACACUAGAAAAAUUGGUAAGGAUAAAGGACAUAUUUAUGCCUUUGAGAGAAAGAGAAGUGUUGUCAUUAGAAAAAUUAGACCCAGAAGAUUGGAGAGUACCAAUUGUGGAAUAUUUAGAAAAUCCAAGUCUUAGUGUCGAUAGAAAACUUAAAUAUAGGGCUCAAAGUUAUGUUCUAAUGAAUAAUGUCUUGUUUAAGAAAUCUGUUGAUGGAACCCUCUUGACAUGUUUGGGAGAAAAAGAAGUAUAUUUGGCUCUUGCUGAAGUGCACAAGGGAAUUUGUGGUGCCCAUCAGUCGGGGGAAAAAAUGAAAUGGGUGAUAGAUAGGAGAAUAUUGUAUUGGCCAACUAUUUAA